GUCUGGUCUGGCGCGUGUGGUCGACGACAUCGGGGCCUUACAGUGGGCAAUAGAAAGUCGCUCCAUUAUAGAUUACUUGAGAAGCGCAAGAUAAGAAGGUAACCAGAGGCCGUCCCAUUUCCUCUACCGUAUCGCUUUUGAAGAUGGCCACCACCGGCGACCAGCCUCAAACUGAGUCCCUCAGUCCAGAGACAGUCCCUAGUAACCAGCAGCAGCCGAUUGCACGCACGCCAGAAGCCAUUAACACUCCGCUGCCUGAGAGUCAGCCACCAUCACCGGCUUUGAACCAGGCUUCUCUGCCAUCGUAUGUUCCAGUCCUCAAGCUUGACAUAAUCUUAUACAUUGCGGAUCUACUAGUGUUCCUACCGUCUUGCCACCCGGUUUCAAGCCUCGCGGAAGAGCUGGAGGCGCCAUGUCUGGACCGAAGAAACCCCCACCCACUACGAAACCCAAAUAAGACGGAAGAUGUCUAAGAGUCAAUAUCGGGGAUCCUUGGAUCGAUCACAAUGCUAUUCGAUCUUUGUUUUGCUACCGCCGCCGCCGACAUUGUCUCCAUAUAACGAUCGUUCAUAUCAAUUGCCGAAGAGUUACCCGGUUCAGUUAUUCGCCGUUUGUCACGGAUGUGUAGAAGUACAUCGUUAGGGACAUGCAUGCUCCUUGGUGCCCUGCAUGGAUGUUCUCCAGGGCUAUCUUCACAACUACUUUGAAGAUGUCACCGUAAAUUGACGGAGUAUGCUGAGAAAUGUGAUGCACUGCAUUCUUCCACGCCCGUUUCGUAUCUAGCCUCUAGGAUUCUCGAAAGAAUAGUACACCACGUAUGCCCAUGGUGCGCAUAUGCAUCGUAUUUCCCAAAUUUAUUCAUUACCGUUC